GACAAAACAACUGAAAUUAUAAGCAUUUUCGUUGUGCACAUAUCGGGGAAGGAUGAUAUCCACAAUCUUGUACGGAAGGUAGCCCAUGCAACUUAUUUGGGAAAAGGUUCCGAUGCACCGUGGUAUUGAAGUUGGUAAACUUGCAUUUUUAUGUCAGUCUUCCUUGGUUUAUAACCCCCCGAAGGCAUUCAAACGCAUAUCAAUCUUUCCACUGCCAAAGCAUAUUCUUUUUCUUGUGACUUUGGCAGCUUCCUAUCCAAGUCUCUGUCUUAGCCAUAGCCCAUAGCAGUACCUUACCCUGAUUAAAUGCAACAGGUUCAUCACAUUUAGAUUUCCAGUUGAACUGGGUGUACUUUACAAGUCUCGUGGAAUAUAGCUGUUUUUCCUAGCGAAGAGUUUUCUAAGCAUGACCAAAAUCGAAACUUGGCUGUUUGAAUUUUUUUUCCAAUCGUUCUGUUUGAUUUUUAUACUAGUUGUAUCUGGGUUUUAACAGUGUGCUGAUGGGAGGAGAGCUCUUGUAAAAUAUGGUAAUCUUUACUUUGUAAUUUAUGUGGUAGUCUAAGCGGGAUGAUAAUCGAGCUCGCGUAGCUUUUACUUCUUUACAUACCCGGGCCCUUUUCAUGUGUAGCUUGGUGUUAAUAUGUACUUCAGUUGAUGUUAAUUCUGAUGGUGUCUUAUGAGAACAGAUUUAGUGCUUGAUUUUCUUGGAUAGGUUGGCACUGACUAGGUUCUCUGUCCUAUUUUCAGGCUCUGCCCAUAUGACAUGGAGGGAAAAAAAGGAGUUGGAAAACAAGAAAGUAGUUUCUCUUGGUGGGAAGCCUCAGAAGAAGCAGAGGUUACCACUAAGUGUAGCACGAGUAAUGAUGAAGAAACAGAAGGAAAGGGAGGAGAAAAUGCAAGAAGAGAAUUUGAUACUUGGACGAUUCGGGGGAAGCAAUGCUAGUAGUUCAAGAAAAGCAGCAGGAAGGCGCAGACCUGAGGAUAGGGUGCUGAAAUCAACUGAAGGUCACUUCAGGAAUGGGGUGCUUGAUGUUAAAGAGUUGUUAAAACCUUCUGCACCUAAGAUCAAUAGAAGAAAACAACAGGGAAAUAAAGUGCAGCGGACCUCCCUUAAUCUGGGGUCUCAGGAUCGAGCCUGGAUUGCUCUUUGA